AGCACAGAGGCAGACGGAGCAGUAUGGCUGGAGUUCGCUUCCAAUCUGCUCUGGUGACUGGGGCCAACCGGGGAAUCGGCCUGGGCUUUGUCCAGCACCUGCUGGCAUGGCCAAACCCACCUGAGUGGGUCUUUGCAACUUGUCGCGACCCCAAGGGACAGCGAGCGCAGGAGCUGCAGAAAUUGGCCUCCAAGCACCCCAACGUGGUCAUCGUCCCGCUCGAAGUCACCGAUCCCGCCAGCAUCAAGGCGGCCGCAGCCAGCGUCGGGGAGCGCCUCAAGGGCUUGGGGCUGAACCUCCUCAUCAACAACGCUGGGAUCUUAAAGGCAAACAAGCUUGACAAUGAAACACUGAAGGACAUGGCCGAGGUGUACACCACCAACACCAUCGCACCUCUGCUGGUCAGCCAGGCGUUCCUGCCCCUGCUGAAGAAGGCAGCCCAAGGCAGCACGGGCUCGGGGAUGAGCUGCAGCAAGGCAGCCAUUGUCAACAUGUCCAGCACUGGGGGAUCCAUUUCUUCUGUCGGUGGUUGGGAUAUAAUGGAAGUUGUCUCAUACCGCUGCAGCAAGGCUGCUCUCAACAUGCUCACCAGGUGCCAGUCCAUGGGGUACCAGGAACACGGCAUCCUCUGCGUCGCUUUCCAUCCUGGCUGGGUGCAGACAGACAUGGGGGUAACAGUUGGACACACGCCCCCCGUGACGGUGGACGCGAGCGUAGGAGGGAUGCUGAAGGCGCUCUCCAAGCUCUCCGAGAAGGACAGCGGGUCCUUCCUGGACUGGGAAGGGAACGUUGUGGCCUGGUGAGGUGCUGGCCCGGCCUCGUGCCUGGAUCCUGGCAGUGGCCCCUCUGCUGCUGCCCGACCUCUACUAAGUCUUCAAUAAACCCAUAUCUGACAACA